AUGCGAUACUUGCGCGGUCUCCUUGCGGCCGCCCCCCUGCUGGGCCUGGUCUCUGCCCAGGUGUCGACAAGCUGUAACCCGCUGAACUCGACCGACUGUCCCACGGAUCCCGGCUUCAACACCGACUAUACCUUCAACUUCAACACCACGCCGUCGUACGAGCUGUGGGAGACCACUGCUGGGUCUGUGUCGUACGAUCCCGAGACCGGCGCCGCCUUCACCAUCAACAAGCAGGGCGACUCGCCCACCAUUCGGACCCUCUUCUACUUCUUCUUCGGCCGUGUCGAGCUCUUUCUCAAGUGCGCUCCCGGCGUCGGCAUCGUCAGCUCUGCCAUGUGGCUGAGUGACGAUCUGGACGAGGUCGACUGGGAGUUCCUGGGCGUCAACAACACCGCUGCCUCGACCAACUACUUCGGCAAGGGUCUCCAGGACUACCACAACGCCGGCAUCUACACCACGGCCGACAACCAGGCCGACUACCUCAACUACACCACCGUCUGGACCAAGGAGGGCAUCGACUGGUACAUUGACGGCAAGCACGUGCGCAACCUGACCCCUGAUGCUGCCAACAAGACCCGAAACUACCCCCAGACGCCUAUGAGGCUCUCGCUCGGUAUCUGGGCUGGCGGUGACCCGACUCUGCCGGAGGGCACGCGUGAGUGGGCUGGUGGUGACACCGACUACAGCAAGGGUCCCUUCACCAUGUACGUCAAGAGUGUCCGCAUCACCGACUUUGGCGGUGGUUCAGAGUACGCCUACGGUGAUACUUCUGGCUCCUGGGAGAGCAUCAAGGUCACUGGCGGAAACUCGACCUUCUACGAGGCUCUUCACCGGGCACCCAAGCUGAGCACGAGCCAGAAGUGGAACAACCUGCCCGCCGGAGCCCGCAUCGCCGUCUAUGCGGUCGCCGCGGCCCUUGGUGCUGGCCUGAUCGGAGCUGCGAUCUGGUACUGCAUCCGCCAGCGCCAGUCGGGAGCCCGCGAAGCUCGCUUGGCCACCGAAAUGGAGAAGAUGGACCGUAUGGAACUCGACAAGCUGAAGCGCGAAGGCGUUGACCCGGACGCGUAUACUGACUACGACUCUCGCAGUAUGAGAAAAGAAGGCGUCGUCACAACUGAUGCGCCCCCGGUCAACGUCAGCCCUCUCGACAGCAAAGGCUGGACCGCCGUCAAUAUUGAAUCGCCCAUGGCGUCGCCCGCCCCGUUCCUCAACCCGGGAGCCGGUGAUGCCCCCGGUAGCCCCGGAUCCCCUGCCCCGUCACAUCCCGGCCCUAACCGGGGCUCCAGCACAGCUCCCAUCCGGACCUUUAGCGCCAGCCGCACGGGUUACCAAGGGAUCCCCGGCGGAGAAGUCUAG